AUGAAGUCUAUCCUAGAUGGCCUUGCCGAUACCACCUUCCGCACCAUCACAACAGACCUCCUCUACGUGGGCUCCAAUGACAUUCAGGGAAGUCCCUUCCAAGAAAAGAUGACUGCAGGAGACAACUCCCAGUUGGUCCCGGCAGACCAGGUGAACAUCACCGAAUUUUACAACAAGUCCCUUUCAUCCUACAAGGAGAAUGAGGAGAACAUCCAGUGUGGGGAGAACUUCAUGGACAUGGAGUGCUUCAUGAUUCUGAACCCCAGCCAGCAGCUGGCCAUCGCCGUCUUGUCCCUCACACUGGGCACCUUUACGGUUCUGGAGAACCUGCUGGUGCUGUGUGUCAUCCUUCACUCCCGCAGCCUUCGCUGCCGGCCCUCUUACCACUUCAUCGGCAGCCUGGCAGUGGCCGACCUCCUGGGCAGCGUCAUUUUUGUCUACAGCUUUGUUGACUUCCACGUGUUCCACCGCAAAGAUAGCCCCAAUGUGUUUCUUUUCAAACUCGGUGGGGUCACCGCCUCCUUCACGGCCUCAGUAGGCAGCCUGUUCCUCACGGCCAUUGACAGGUACAUAUCUAUUCACAGGCCCCUGGCUUAUAAGAGGAUUGUCACCAGGCCCAAGGCCGUGGUGGCAUUUUGCCUGAUGUGGACCAUAGCAAUUGUGAUUGCUGUGCUGCCUCUCCUGGGCUGGAACUGCAAGAAGCUGCAGUCUGUUUGCUCAGACAUUUUCCCGCUCAUUGAUGAAACCUACCUGAUGUUCUGGAUCGGGGUCACCAGUGUGCUGCUGCUGUUUAUCGUGUACGCAUACAUGUAUAUUCUCUGGAAGGCUCACAGCCAUGCGGUCCGCAUGAUUCAGCGCGGCACCCAGAAGAGCAUCAUCAUCCACACGUCAGAGGACGGCAAGGUGCAGGUGACACGGCCCGACCAAGCCCGCAUGGACAUCAGGCUGGCCAAGACCCUGGUUCUGAUCCUUGUGGUUUUAAUCAUCUGCUGGGGCCCUCUGCUUGCGAUUAUGGUGUAUGAUGUCUUUGGGAAGAUGAACAAGCUCAUUAAGACGGUGUUUGCCUUCUGCAGUAUGCUGUGCCUGUUGAAUUCCACCGUGAACCCCAUCAUCUACGCUCUGAGGAGCAAGGACCUGAGACAUGCUUUCCGGAGUAUGUUCCCCUCGUGUGAAGGCACCGCACAGCCUCUUGAUAACAGCAUGGGGGACUCGGACUGCCUGCACAAGCACGCCAACAACACAGCCAGUGUUCACAGGGCCGCGGAGAGCUGCAUCAAGAGCACGGUCAAGAUUGCCAAGGUGACCAUGUCUGUGUCCACAGACACGUCUGCCGAGGCUCUGUGA